AUGGCGCUGGCCCUCAUCCUGGUGUCCCCUGACCUAGUGCCCCGACCAUCCCUGUCACUGCACCCCAGCCAGGAGAUACAAGAGGGGGACAAUGUCACCCUGCGCUGCCACCUGCCCUGGCCGGAUGCCUGGGUCCAGCUCUGCCAGGAAAGAGCUUUCAUCUCCUGCAUGGAGAAGUACGUCGUUCAGGACGUGGCUGUGUUCUCCUUUGUUAUCACAAAGUGGGUGCACACAGGGACAUAUCGGUGCCAGUACUGGCUGUCUGAGCCAGCAGAGACUUCAGAGAAGAGUGACCCCGUGGAACUGGUGGUGACAGAUCACACCUUCCCCCCACCUCCCAUAUCCCUGUCGCCUGAGGGACGUGUGGGGAUUGGGACCAACGUCACCAUCCGGUGCAGGAACUGGUACCACGGGGCCACCUUCCUGCACAAGGAUGGGUACUCUGCCCCUAUCCAGCGCCAGGACCCUGAUGAUGGGGGCAUAGCCACCUUCACCCUCUUUCAGGUGACUCCAGCUGACUCCGGCACCUAUCGGUGCUCCUACCACCCCAAGGGAUAUCCCUUUCUGUCCUCACCCCUGGGGAAAAGAGUGACACUGCAGGUGACACACAUACCUACACCCCCAAGUAGGUACAAGACCCACAAUUUGAUGUCCCCGGUGUCAUCCACAGUUGGCAGUGUCUCUGCAUCCUCUCCCCAGGGAGGCGGUGGCUGGGGUUGGGAACACCCAAACACCCAGAUGCCACAGGACCCAACAGCAGGGUCCCGUGGGAACCUGGUUGUGGCAGUGGUGAGGUGCUGCGCUGCUGCCUUCGUCUUUGGCCUCGGUGUCUUUUUUGUCGUCGAUGCCCGCAGCCUCUGGAUACGGAGAGAUGAGAGCCCUGGUGGGGAAGGGGUUGAAUGGAUAUGAUUUCCUUGUUUUACUCCAAAUGUCUUCUGUCUGUGAUUUGAUCCCAUCUAUGUCCCUUCUAGUUUCCCCACCUCCUCUUCCAUCCCCUAUAAAUCCCCAGAACCAUCCCCUGCCUUCACUUCCAUCUACUAUUCAUCCCUGCUCCAUGUACCUUGGGACACCCCAGUACCCCCCAUUCAGCUCCACUCCCUUUUUUCAUACAGGUGCCCACCCACAAAUGCCUGAGGCCAUGCAGAUCCUGGUCAGUGUCUAGGUCAGGGGAGCCUCCAUCCCAGCCUGCCCCACAGGGCCGCCUCAAACCCCACGGGAGAACCCCUAUACCUACCUGUGGGGACCCCAAGACACCUCCAGCUCAUACGGCCUCCUAGAAAUUUAUGUGCAUCCUCCAAGAAGAAAUGAGAUUUGAAGAACUCCGACCCUGCAUCAUGGGGACGCCAUCAAUGCAAAUCUUCACCCUAAACCCUGAUCUCCCACAAAAUGACUAAUGGGACCCCCAGAAACCACCCACAGGGUACCCCAGAUUCCUCACUCAAAGGACCCCAAGUAUACCCAACCCCUGAUCCCACCUUCUUCGAUACCCCCCAAAAUCCUUACACCCUACAUGCCCCCUUUCCACCAGAUUGAGAACCACCAUGGUGGCACUCCACUCUCCCCUUCUUUCAUGCUCAUUUCUCACCUCAAAUCCUUCCUGAUCUCCCCCAGAUUUUCUAACACACUUUGGCAUCCCACCCCCCAUUCCCUCUGAUUCAUUACAAACACUUUCCCAAUCCUGACAAGUCCUU